AUGGCCGGCGGCGGAGGCCGGGCCCCGGCAAUGCGUAUCCGGCCUUCCCCGCAAGGAGCCAACACCUUGGAAGUGCAGUACCCCGCUGCGCCCCUCACGGCCCAUCCUCACCUCACCCACUUGGCGCUGGAGGGAGGGAGGGAGAGGAAGGCUCGGGUAGGGGAAGAGGUGUGUCGGCCGAGCCUGAGAUGGCAAGCUUUGGAAGACCUGAGGAUCAAAAAAGCCAAGUUUGAUGGUGCCCAAGAGAAAUUCAACACGUAUGUGACCCUGAAGGUACAGAAUGUCAAGAGCACGACCAUCGCCGUGCGGGGCAGCCAGCCCAGCUGGGAGCAGGAUUUCAUGUUCGAGAUUAACCGCCUGGAUCUGGGGCUGACAGUGGAGGUGUGGAACAAGGGUCUCAUCUGGGACACAAUGGUGGGCACCGUGUGGAUUCCCCUGAGGACCAUACGCCAGUCCAAUGAAGAGGGCCCUGGAGAAUGGCUGACCUUGGACUCUCAGGUCAUCAUGGCGGACAGUGAGAUCUGUGGCACUAAGGACCCCACUUUCCACCGCAUCCUCCUUGACACUCGCUUUGAGCUGCCUUUAGAUAUCCCUGAGGAGGAGGCACGCUACUGGGCCAAGAAGCUGGAGCAGCUGAAUGCCAUGCGGGACCAGGAUGAGUAUUCAUUCCAGGAUGAACAAGACAAGCCUCUUCCUGUCCCCAGCAACCAGUGUUGCAACUGGAAUUAUUUUGGCUGGGGUGAACAGCAGAACGAUGACCCUGACAGUGCAGUGGAUGAUCGUGACAGUGACUACCGCAGUGAGACAAGCAACAGCAUCCCACCACCCUAUUAUACUACAUCCCAGCCCAAUGCCUCGGUCCACCAAUAUUCUGUCCGCCCACCACCCCUGGGUUCCCGGGAAUCCUACAGUGACUCCAUGCACAGUUAUGAGGAGUUCUCCGAACCUCGUGCCCUCAGCCCCACAGGUAGCAGCCAUUAUGCCUCCUCAGGAGAGCUGAGCCAAGGCAGCUCACAGCUGAGUGAGGACUUUGACCCAGACGAGCAGAGCCUGCAGGGCUCUGAGCUGGAGGAUGAGCGGGACCGGGACUCCUACCACUCCUGCCACAGCUCAGUCAGCUACCACAAGGACUCGCCGCGCUGGGACCAGGAUGAAGAUGAGCUGGAUGAGGAGCUGGAUGAGGACCUGGAGGACUUCCUGGAGGAGGAGGAGGGGGAGCUGCCUGAGGAUGAGGAAGAACUAGAGGAAGAGGAGGAGGUGCCAGAUGACAUCCGUGGCUACACCCAGCAGGAGGAGGUGGCUGUGGCUGAGCCCAAAGAAUUCAAGCGUGUCAGCCUCCCACCCGCUGCUCCAGAGAAGGACAAGGCUUCAGCUGUGCCCUCAGGGGUCCCUGACAUGGCCAAGGCAGCCCCUGAGCCAGCCUUGCCUGAGGAGGUGCCUACAACUGAGCAGGAGCUUGAGCCAGAGCCCCCCAAGGCUGAGGAGAGUUUCAGGCCACGAGAAGAUGAGGAAAUCCAGGAGGGUCAGGAUUCCAUGUCUAGGGCCAAGGCCAACUGGCUACGAGCCUUCAACAAAGUGCGACUGCAGCUACAGGAGGCCCGGGGAGAAGGAGAGAUGUCCAAAUCCUUGUGGUUCAAAGGCGGCCCUGGCGGUGGUCUCAUCAUCAUUGACAGCAUGCCAGACAUCCGCAAGAGGAAGCCUAUCCCACUAGUGAGCGACCUGGUGAGAUCCUUGGUCCAGUCCAGAAAAGCAGGCAUCACCUCUGCCUUGGCAUCCAGCACUUUAAACAACGAAGAGCUGAAAAACCACGUUUACAAGAAGACCCUGCAAGCCUUAAUCUACCCCAUCUCGUGUACGACUCCGCACAACUUCGAGGUGUGGACGGCCACCACACCCACCUACUGCUACGAGUGCGAGGGGCUGCUCUGGGGCAUCGCGCGGCAGGGCAUGCGCUGUACCGAGUGCGGCGUUAAGUGCCACGAGAAGUGCCAGGACCUGCUCAAUGCAGACUGUCUGCAGCGGGCAGCGGAGAAGAGCUCCAAGCACGGAGCGGAGGACCGGACACAGAACAUCAUCAUGGUGCUCAAAGACCGCAUGAAGAUUCGGGAGCGCAACAAGCCCGAGAUCUUCGAGCUCAUCCAGGAGAUCUUUGCGGUGACCAAGACUGCGCACACGCAGCAGAUGAAGGCAGUCAAGCAGAGCGUCCUGGACGGCACGUCCAAGUGGUCGGCCAAGAUCAGCAUCACCGUGGUCUGUGCCCAGGGCUUGCAGGCAAAGGACAAGACAGGAUCCAGUGACCCCUAUGUCACCGUCCAGGUUGGGAAGACCAAGAAACGGACAAAAACCAUCUAUGGAAACCUGAACCCCGUGUGGGAGGAGAACUUCCACUUUGAAUGUCACAACUCCUCCGACCGAAUCAAGGUGCGCGUCUGGGAUGAGGAUGAUGACAUCAAAUCUCGAGUGAAGCAGCGGUUCAAGAGGGAAUCCGAUGACUUUCUGGGGCAGACAAUCAUCGAGGUGCGGACACUCAGUGGCGAGAUGGACGUGUGGUACAACCUGGACAAGCGGACUGACAAAUCUGCUGUGUCGGGUGCCAUCCGGCUACACAUCAGUGUGGAAAUUAAAGGCGAGGAGAAGGUGGCCCCCUACCAUGUCCAGUAUACCUGUCUGCACGAGAACCUGUUCCACUUUGUGACAGACGUGCAGAACAAUGGGGUCGUGAAGAUCCCAGAUGCCAAGGGUGAUGACGCCUGGAAGGUUUACUAUGAUGAGACGGCCCAGGAGAUUGUAGAUGAAUUUGCCAUGCGCUAUGGUGUUGAGUCCAUCUACCAAGCUAUGACCCACUUUGCCUGCCUCUCCUCCAAGUACAUGUGUCCCGGGGUGCCUGCGGUCAUGAGCACCCUGCUUGCCAACAUCAAUGCCUACUACGCGCACACCACCGCCUCCACCAACGUGUCUGCCUCCGACCGCUUCGCCGCCUCCAACUUUGGGAAAGAACGCUUUGUGAAGCUCCUGGACCAGCUGCAUAACUCCCUAAGGAUCGACCUCUCCAUGUAUCGGAAUAACUUUCCAGCCAGCAGUCCAGAGAGACUCCAGGACCUCAAAUCCACUGUGGACCUUCUCACCAGCAUCACCUUCUUUCGGAUGAAGGUACAAGAACUCCAGAGCCCUCCCCGAGCCAGCCAGGUGGUGAAGGACUGUGUGAAAGCCUGCCUCAACUCUACUUAUGAAUACAUCUUCAACAACUGUCAUGAACUCUAUAGUCGAGAGUACCAGACAGACCCGGCCAAGAAGGGGGAAGUUCCUCCAGAAGAACAGGGCCCCAGCAUCAAGAACCUCGACUUCUGGUCCAAGCUGAUCACUCUCAUCGUGUCCAUCAUUGAGGAAGAUAAGAAUUCCUACACUCCCUGCCUCAACCAGUUUCCCCAGGAAUUGAACGUGGGUAAAAUCAGUGCCGAAGUGAUGUGGAAUCUGUUUGCCCAGGACAUGAAGUAUGCCAUGGAGGAGCAUGAUAAGCAUCGUCUAUGCAAGAGUGCCGACUACAUGAACCUCCACUUCAAGGUCAAAUGGCUCUACAAUGAGUAUGUGGCAGAGCUUCCUGCCUUUAAGGACCGAGUGCCUGAGUACCCUGCGUGGUUUGAGCCCUUCGUCAUCCAGUGGCUAGAUGAGAAUGAGGAAGUGUCCCGUGAUUUCCUGCAUGGAGCCCUGGAGCGAGACAAGAAGGAUGGGUUCCAACAAACUUCAGAGCAUGCCCUGUUCUCCUGCUCCGUGGUGGACGUCUUCUCACAGCUCAACCAGAGCUUUGAGAUCAUCAAGAAACUCGAGUGUCCUGACCCCCAGAUCGUGGGGCACUACAUGAGGCGCUUUGCCAAGACCAUCAGUAAUGUGCUCCUCCAGUAUGCGGACAUCAUCUCCAAGGACUUUGCCUCCUACUGCUCCAAGGAGAAGGAGAAAGUGCCCUGCAUUCUCAUGAACAACACUCAGCAGCUUCGAGUUCAGCUAGAGAAGAUGUUCGAAGCUAUGGGAGGGAAGGAGCUGGAUGCUGAGGCCAGUGACAUCUUGAAAGAGCUGCAGGUGAAACUCAACAAUGUCUUGGAUGAGCUCAGCCGGGUGUUUGCUACAAGCUUCCAGCCACACAUUGAGGAGUGUGUCAAGCAAAUGGGUGACAUCCUUAGCCAGGUGAAAGGCACAGGCAAUGUGCCAGCCAGUGCCUGCAGCAGUGUGGCCCAAGAUGCCGACAAUGUGCUACAACCCAUCAUGGACCUGCUGGACAGCAACUUGACUCUCUUUGCCAAAAUCUGUGAGAAGACAGUGCUGAAGCGAGUGCUGAAGGAGUUAUGGAAGCUGGUCAUGAACACCAUGGAGAAGACCAUCGUCCUGCCGCCCCUCACCGACCAAACGAUGAUCGGCACCCUCUUGAGAAAACAUGGCAAGGGAUUAGAAAAGGGCAGGGUGAAAUUGCCAAGCCACUCAGAUGGAACUCAGAUGAUCUUCAAUGCAGCCAAGGAGCUGGGUCAGCUGUCUAAACUCAAGGACCAUAUGGUAAGAGAAGAAGCCAAGAGCUUGACCCCGAAGCAAUGUGCAGUUGUCGAGCUGGCCCUGGACACUAUCAAGCAAUACUUCCAUGCGGGUGGUGUGGGUCUCAAGAAAACUUUCCUGGAGAAGAGUCCAGACCUGCAGUCCCUGCGCUAUGCCCUGUCCCUCUACACUCAGGCCACCGACCUGCUUAUCAAGACAUUCGUGCAGACGCAGACCGGCCAGGUCCAUGGUGGAAAAGGGACUAGGUUUACCCUUAGUGAAGACAUUUAUCCUGAGAAGGGCUCGGGUGUGGAAGACCCUGUGGGUGAAGUCUCCGUCCACGUUGAGCUCUUCACUCAUCCAGGAACUGGGGAACACAAGGUCACAGUGAAAGUGGUGGCUGCCAAUGACCUGAAGUGGCAGACUUCUGGCAUUUUCCGGCCAUUCAUCGAGGUCAACAUCAUUGGGCCCCAGCUCAGCGACAAGAAACGCAAAUUUGCGACCAAAUCCAAGAACAACAGCUGGGCCCCUAAGUACAAUGAGAGCUUCCAGUUCACGCUGAGUGCCGACGCGGGCCCGGAGUGCUACGAGCUGCAGGUGUGCGUCAAGGACUACUGCUUCGCGCGCGAGGACCGCACGGUGGGGCUGGCCGUGCUGCAGCUGCGCGAGCUGGUCCAGCGAGGGAGCGCCGCCUGCUGGCUGCCGCUCGGCCGCCGCAUCCACAUGGACGACACGGGCCUCACGGUGCUGCGCAUCCUGUCGCAACGCAGCAACGACGAAGUGGCCAAGGAGUUCGUCAAGCUCAAGUCGGACACGCGCUCCGCCGAGGAAGGCGGUGCCGCGCCUGCCCCCUAGUGCGGGACGCGCGCGGCCGAGCCAACACUGCGCUUGCGCAGAGCAUGCGGGGUGGGGCGGCGCCUGCGCGCUAGGACUUCCGAGAGGGCGGGUCUCUGCUGAGGGCGGACUGCCCCUGCGGCUUAGAUUUAGCUUCCCCUUCUGGGGAAAUGUGAAUGGCAACACCCUGUCCCCUCAGGAGGCCACGGCCUAGGGCGCAGGGAAGGAAGAAGCCACCUUCCCCCUACUUGAGGCCACGUCCCCAGCGUCUAGGAGGCCUUUCGAGCUGAGAUGGGAGGAAAACUCGCCCCCUAUAGAGGAGGCUAGGUCCCAGGGGUGUGGUACUGGGAGGCCUCCCCUCCUGCCCCCUGGAAAAGCCAUAAAUAAGAUGGGUCCCCAACUCUUGGGGCCCAAGACCAAUUUGCCAAGUAUAGAACUCUCAGCUCCCUCGAGGGGCGGGCCCUGGGCAAGGGGCAAGGGCUUCCUGGAGCGCCCCCUGGGUUGGUCUGUGGGCUGGAGGGUUAGGAUGGUGGUUGGAGAACAUCCGUGGAUCGGAGACCCUUUUGAUGUUUGUGCAAAAAAAUAAACGGGGAGCGGGGGAGGAUGGGAUUUCAAAAGCACAUGCGCCCUCGGGCGCCCAAACCCUGGAGGUCAAGGGGACAGCUCUGGGGCACCCAUGCUGCCCCCACUUCCCUGUGGAGGGUUGCCUCCCCUUUUCCCCCCACAUACCCAGUCCUCAUAUUAUAGAAUUCAACCCAUCCAUUUGACAGAUUGCAAAACCGAGGCCAAAAGAGAUGCUUGAGACAUGGCCGAGGGUCCCAGUGCCAUACCCUCCCCACUCCCUUUGGCCUGUGUGCCCCAUCCGAAGGGUGAGCUGAGAUCGGAUGACCCGAUACAGCUCCCCAGUUGCUGCUAACCCCCUUCAGGGGACCUCCCCUAAUCCUUAAAGGGAUGGGAAUCCUGGGCCAAGGCCCUCAGUGCCCCCUCCCACCUCUGGCUGCCAAGCAAAACCCCUGCCCUCAGCCCUUUCCAAGGGGGAGAUAACCUGAGAACUCUCGACCUGCCAAAAAAAAGAGUGAAGAUGUGGGAUUCCCUGGACCCAGCCCCCAACCCCAAGCCCUCCUUCCUCCCUUAGAAUGCUCCAGUCAGGAAAGAAGAGAGACCAGAAACUAGGGUGUGUGUGUGAGAGAGAGAGAAUAUACAAACUUACUGGGAGCUUACUCCCCCAGACCUCAUUCAUUCAUUCAGACACACAGGCCACAGAAUAUCCCCAGGUGGGGCCUCUAGAUGCCUGGAGCUCUUCUCUAUCAGAGAUGAUGAAGCAGUUUGGCCAGAGUCAAAUUUCCCCAUUUUAUCUCACACAGGCAUUUUGGGAAAGUUUGACAUGACUCAUCUUUGCUCAGGAUCUGCUUUUCUACCAUGGACCAGUGUGUAUAUGCCAUGAUUUUUUUCUGCCGGAUUGAUAAGUACAGGGUUGUGCUGGGUUAGGGAGAAAUCGAAACAUAGGGAUGAGAUGAGGAGUAACUGGGCUCCUGGAGUUGGGAUGGGGGGGCUACAUCAGAUAGGGAAGGUGGGAAGGAACAACCAACUGGAGAGAAAAGAGUGCCAGGCAGAGUGAAUAGCAGGUGCAAAGGCUAAGAGGUGGGCUGACUUGAAGCAUAGCCAGGUCAGCCUGGCUGGGGUUAAGUCAGCUAGGAAGGGGAUGGGGGACGGUAAUGAGAUAGGGGAACUUUGCCUAGGUAUCAGAACAGGUGGGGUCUUGUACAUCACCCUGAGGAGUUUUGAUUUCACCCUAGGUUGAGUAUUUAAAAGGAGAAUUUAAAGCUGAAGAGAGUCUGGAUUUCAGCUUUCAAAAUCUCCCUGUGGCUACCUCGUG